UUAUAUGUUUGUAAUCAUUGCUUUGAAGCGUGAAAAUCUGAAGUUACGUGAGUUAAAGAUGAAUGUAGAUAAAGCAAGUGUGUCCAGUGAUGCAUCAUGUACUGACUCAUCCUUCGAAUUUGAAAGUUCAGGGAAAAAGAGAACGUACCACAAUAUCUUGGAAAGAAAGCGGAGGCAUCAUAUCAAAGAAGGUUACUUAAAAUUGAGAAAUGUCAUUCCAGAAAUAGCAGGUAAAAAAGUCUCACGAAUACAGAUUUUGAAAAGUGCAAUUGAACACAUUCGACUUCUUCGAGAACAAAUCAAAAUGAAGGAGAACCUUGCUCGACAACUCAAAAUUCGGAUUCGCUUCGCAAAGUCAGGAAAAAGCAUUCGAGAUAAUAUUUUUUGAAAUUUCUUCAGAUUUUUUAAAAGUUGCGACUCUGCUGAUCAUUUGUUUACACUUUUUGACUUAACACAAAAUUGACAAAUGUGAGGAAAAAAUAUUUGUUUGCUCACUGUAAAAGUUGCCAUAUUUUUCAUUUUGUUUCUCUAAAUUUGCUUACAAGUGCAAAAACUAACAGUAUCACUUACGUGUUUCGUUUAUACGAUAAAGCUUAUGUACUAGAAUGCUCUUUGAGAGAACCAUCGUGUUGCUUUUACAGAAAUAAUAAAUAA